AAUGUCCACGGUGUCUUGUGGGUUAUAGUGUAGUGUUAUAGACCUUUACCAACGCUUUAGAUAUACUUGCUGCCUGCAUGAUGAUGGGGGACAGCAAAUAGUGCUGACACAUUGGUAAGCUAUCAGACUCCACGGUGCUACAACCCAGCACCGCCGUGAAGCCCUUCAAGUCCACGGUGGUCUUUUGGGUUGUGACGCUGUUUGGACUCGCCAACCACGGUUGCCAAACUACAAGUCCUCAUGGAGUCACAACCUGGAAGUCUUUCGUGGAAAUGUUUUAACGCAGUUUUAGUUUGUGACUGAUGCAGUUGAAAGACACACCACCAACAUCUCCAUGUAGCAAUGAAACAAUGGAUUAUAAUGAACUGUUUGAAGAUGAAGUUGAGGAGGUUAUUGAUGGUGAAGCUGCAAGUAGCAAUAAUUACAUAGAAGCAAAUGAUGCAAGUGAUGAAGAUAUUGGCAUAGGCUUAGAAGGCAGUGAAAAUUCUGAAGGAAAUAACCCUGUGAGGGAUGAUUCAGCAUCUGUAUUUUCUCAUCAUAAAGGUUCUGUGUUUUGCUGCCAUUUACAGCCAAAGGCUGGCAGAUUGGCUGUGACUGGAGCAGAGGAUGAUAUGGCAUAUGUUUGGGAAACACAUUCAGGAGAAGUAGUGUUACAAUGCAAGGGCCACAAGGACUCUGUGACCUGUGUUAGAUUCAACUAUGAUGGGUCUUACGUUGCAACUGGAGACAUGAGUGGUGUCAUACAAGUAUGGAAAAUAGCUAACAAGUUACAAGUAUGGGAAACAUGUAUUGGCGACCUGACUUGGCUGAGGUGGCAUCACGGAGCAAAUGUCUUGCUAGCUGGAACUGAGUCGGGGGAGGUAUACGUGUGGAGAAUUCCAGGAGGAGAAUGCAAAGUGUUGCCUGGCCAUGGUGACAAAGCAGACUGUGGACUCAUGUUGCCUGAUGGCAAACGUAUGGCGAUAGGUUAUGCAGAUGGCUCACUUAAAAUAUUUGACACAAAGACUGCGACAGUAUUACACCACGUACCUCAAGGACAAGCUCACACUGGUACAAUUACUGACAUGGACUGCCAUCCUGAUAACAACUUGCUUAUCUCUAGUAGUGUGGAUGGACAUGCUGUUGUGCUCAAAACUCAAACUGGAAAGAUUUCAUCAGUACUGGAUUGCAAAGGGUUCAACUCUGAGGCCAAGUCCAGUAACACCUCAGUUGAAGCCGUAGGUUUCUGUCAGAAUAGCAGUUUUCCGCUUGCGGCCACUGGCAGUCUUGAUGGAGUGUUGUGCAUAUGGGAUAUUUCUAGAGGGAGUGUACGACACACACUAAAGCAAGAUUCUGGUAUCACUAAGCUGGUUUGGGUUAAGAACAGUCCUCUUUUCUAUACUGGUGGCUUGGAUGGGAGCAUUCGACUUUACGAUGCGAGGAGCGGCAUCUUGCUGAACCAGUUACUUGGGCAUUCUAACAGUAUCCUGGAUAUUUCAUUUUCCAUGGAUUUCAGCACUCUACUCUCUUCUUCUGACGACAGUACUGCUAGAAUAUUUUCUGUUCAAGUGCCAAACUGGUGAAACUUUCAUAUUGUACAUAUAAAAUCUUAUUGAUUAAAAUAUCUGUACUGUUUGAAUAUAAGUAAUGUAUGUGUUAUAUAAAAUUAAAUUAAAUCCGUGGCGUAACCGCUCCAGAGAGCCAAA